UCGCCGGCUUCGAGAAAGCUUCCGCUCCGAAGAAUGUCUGCGAGCUACGAUAACCGACCCAGAGACAAUGGACCUGAAGGCAUGGAGCCCGACGGUAUCAUUGAGAGUAACUGGAAUGAAGUGGUGGACAGUUUCGAUGACAUGAACCUGUCCGAGUCUCUUCUCAGAGGAAUCUACGCCUAUGGUUUCGAGAAACCGUCUGCGAUCCAGCAGCGCGCUAUCCUACCUUGUAUCAAGGGUUACGAUGUGAUUGCUCAGGCCCAGUCCGGAACUGGGAAAACCGCCACGUUCGCCAUUUCAAUCCUCCAACAAGUGGAACUGGACAUGAAGGCGACCCAGGCCCUGGUCCUGGCUCCGACCCGUGAGUUGGCCCAGCAGAUCCAGAAAGUAGUCAUGGCUCUGGGCGACUACAUGGGCGCCUCCUGCCACGCGUGCAUCGGUGGCACCAACGUCCGGGCCGAGGUACAGAAGCUGCAGUCGGAAGCGCCGCACAUCAUCGUGGGGACCCCCGGCAGAGUGUUCGACAUGUUAAACCGGCGCUAUCUCUCUCCCAAGUACAUUAAAAUGUUUGUCCUGGACGAGGCCGACGAGAUGCUGAGCAGAGGUUUCAAGGACCAAAUCUACGAUAUUUUCCAGAAGCUGAGCAGCAACGCCCAGGUGGUCCUGCUCUCGGCCACCAUGCCUGCCGAUGUGCUUGAAGUGACAAAGAAGUUCAUGCGCGACCCAAUCCGUAUCCUGGUCAAGAAGGAAGAGCUGACCCUGGAGGGUAUUAGGCAGUUCUACGUCAACGUGGAGAGAGAGGAGUGGAAGCUGGACACGCUCUGUGAUCUGUACGAGACCCUCACUAUCACUCAGGCCGUCAUCUUCAUCAACACUCGCAGGAAGGUGGACUGGCUGACGGAGAAGAUGCACGCCCGGGACUUCACCGUGUCGGCCCUGCACGGCGACAUGGACCAGAAGGAAAGAGACGUGAUCAUGCGCGAGUUCCGGUCCGGAUCCAGCCGUGUUCUGAUCACCACUGAUCUGCUGGCCAGAGGCAUUGAUGUGCAGCAGGUCUCCCUGGUUAUCAACUACGACUUGCCAACCAACAGAGAAAACUACAUCCACAGGAUUGGCCGAGGCGGCCGUUUCGGUAGGAAAGGAGUCGCCAUUAACAUGGUGACCGAAGAGGACAAGCGCACUCUUAAAGACAUUGAGACUUUCUACAACACCACAAUCGAGGAGAUGCCAAUGAACGUGGCGGACCUCAUCUAACCCCCCGGCCGUGGGCAGGGUGAAAAAAAAAACGAAAUCUAAAAAAAAGCAAAAGCAUAAAAUAAAAAAAACCUUUUCUGCCGACUCCCAGUAUCCCAUGGGGGGCGCCGCGGAAACUGAGUACCCAGCAUGGUUUAACGCCCGCUACCGCCCGGGCUGCACCCAUUAACCCCUGUAUGAACGUUAAAUGAUUUAUAUAUUUUUUUUUGUUUCAAAUAAAUGUUAUUUUGAGGUUAUUGUGGCCGUAAAGAAAUAAACUGGUUCUUGUCUUUCCUUCUCUGAAGUGAACACUAAUGCCCCGCUCCCCGCCUUUUCCCACCAAAUCAGUGGACCAAAUGCUACCCCCCUCCCCCGCCCCAACAAUCAGGCAGCUCAAUUUGAACUUUUUUACAAAAAAAUCCCCCUGGUAAAAGAAAAAAAAUAGCUAAAGUUGUUAAACGCCAUUUUAUUUGCAUUUCUGUAUAGUAUUUAUUAAAUAAAAGUCAUUUUGCAACAUA